GAGGGAACUUCAUUGAACCACAGCCAGCAAUGCACCUCGCAGAUGCAGCCAGCUUGCUUUGAUCCGGUGCUCAUCGCCAAUGCCUCGCCUAUUGCAUCAGGCAGUCCCAGCAUCAGCACGGCGAAAACGGAACCGUCUGCUGAUGCUAUUGACGCUUCAAGAACAUCUUCGGUGAGCAACUCCAGGCCGGACAUUCUCAAUGAGAAUGGUAUGUCCAAGAUCAAAUUCUUCAAAGAGGGGAUUUCGACUCCGCCAGAUGCGUCGCCAACAAGCAGACUUUCUGGAAGCCCAGUAAGUGCAUAUCCCACCUACAAGCCCGGCGCUGUUCAGGCGUCAACACCAGUCCCUCCACCUCGCAUGGGUUUCUCUCCACCCUCCAAUGGGACCCUGUUGCAGGGCUCGCCAUUUUCCGGUGGCAUGUCACCACCUCCAGGUGGUGCGUCUUUCAUGAUGUAUGGUGGUGAGACACCUGGCGCAAGGACACCAGGGGCCUACACUCCUAUGGCCUUCACCCCGACCGGGUACACUCCUGGCAGCUAUACGCCGGGUGGCCCUGUCAAAAGGGCCAAUUCAGGAUACGCGCUGGAUGCAUCUGGCACUAACAAGGCACACUCAGGUACACCAAGAAAAUUCGGAGCACCUGUGGCAUCGCCGUCAUCCAGACGACGGACGGAGUCAAAGAAACCUUCGACCAGAAUAGAUCCCGAGCAGGUCCCGAGACCUGUCGGACAGCCAGAGGCCAUCAAGGAGGAAGGCGGCAAGGUCUACGAAACAAAUAAGUACCAUGUGCCACCAGCGGCGACCGCUGUGUGCACUAUCAUUGACAGAGGAUCCGCCUCCUGUGAGUUCAUUCGCUCCACAGUCAACCAGGUGCCAGCUUUUCCCUCCACGGCAAAUACCGCUCAUGUGCCCAUGGCGGUCAUCUGCCAACCGUUUGCAGAGCUUACGGCCCAUGAGGCAGAAAUCCCUUGCGUUGAUUUGGGUGAGCCAGGUCCUUUCCGAUGCAGUCGUUGCAAAGCCUAUGUGAACCCUUGGUUCACUUGGCACAACCAUGGCAAAGAGGCCACCUGCAACUUCUGUAGCCAACGCGUCGAGGUCCCUCAAGAAUACAUGUGUAGCCUUGAUGAAAGAGCUCAGAGGAGAGACAAGGAAGAAAGACCAGAGCUCAAUCGUGGCAGCGUUGACUACAUCGCUCCUAGCGACUACUCGGAGGCACCACCCGUGGUGCCUGCAACCAUUUUCGUCAUAGAAGUGACUCAACGGUCGUUGCAGUGCGGGCUUUUGCCACAGGUCAUGUGGACUCUGCGAUCCCUUCUGGGCUUCAUGGAGCCGCCAUCUUCCAAGAUCGGCAUUCUGCUUUUUGACCAUGCCCUGCACUUCUUUGCAUUCUACCCCGGACUUGACUGCGCCCGUCAAAUCACUGUGUCAGACACAGAGGAUCCCUUUGCUCCUUGUGGUGCAGAUGCCUUGCUUGUGGAUGCAGAGGAUCCAGCGUAUCGUAGUCAGAUUGAUACUCUUCUGGAUGAGCUGCCGGGCAUGCUUUGCGCAGAGGACCUUGCUGAACAGGCAGCCGGUUGUGCUGCUCUCAAGGCUGCCACGGAGUUAGUUGGAAGUCGAGGUGGAGGACAUGUUGUCAUGUUUCAUGCCAGCUUGCCCAACUCCGGUAUUGGAGCUCUUCGCCACAGAGACGACAUCAAGCUAGCUUCCGAGCCUGAAGGUGGAGGUCUUUUCAAUGUGCAGCAGCCCACCUUCAUCGAGGAAAUUGGCAAUGAUUGCCUGGUUCGCGGGGUUGCAGUCAGCGUGUUUUGCGCUCCUGCCACAGGGAUCUACAUUGACAUGGCUAGUCUGAGUAGAAUUCCCAGGAGAACAGGUGGAGAAAUAUGUUUCUACCCUGGAUUUGAUCCGAGCCGCGAUGGCGAAAGGCUGCAUUACGAUUUGUCCAGGACUGUAGUGCAGUCAUCUGUGUACAGCGUCAUGUUCAAAUUGCGGGUGAGCAAGGGGCUUGCCGUUGACAGUAUGCAUGCCACCUGGGAUCCUGAGGUGAUUGAUCCAAGCACCUUUGCUGUCUCUAGAAUGUCAGUUGAUGCAACAGUGGACUUUACGUUGGUACAUGGAGAGAGGAUAGAAGGCCAGAAGCAGGCUUACAUGCAGGUUGCUUGCCUUUACACAAGCAAGAAGGGCAAGCGGUUGAUUCGUGUUCACACACUGCAACUUCCUGUGACCUCUUCUUUAAGCAACGUAUUCCGAUACACGGAGAUUGACACUGUCACCAAUUUGCUCUUGAAGCAGGCUGCAGAUUCCGCGCUAAGUGGGAAUGGCAGUUUCAAAGACAAGCUUACAAAGGCUUGUGUGGAUAUGUUGCAUGCCUACCGGGCCAAUUGUGCCUCAAUGACUUCGGCUGGACAGCUGAUCCUACCUGAGUCGCUCAAGCUACUGCCGUUGUACAUUGGGUCCAUUCGCAAGUUUCCAGCCUUCCGAGCAGGUUCUGAUAUCAAGGUGGAUGACCGGAUAGUCUCGCUUAUUAGAUCUCUGGGCCUGCCACUAGCAUUGACAUCUCCUUUGGUUUACCCUCGGGUCUACACGAUGCACCCGUUGUCUGAGAAAGCUGGAACACCCACCGGAGUUGGGGACAACGUCUUCAUGCCCCCAACGGUGGCCGGAUCAAGUGAGAAGCUAGCAACAGAUCGAAUAUAUUUGAUUGACAAUGGCAUCAGCCUCCGGCUCUAUGUCAGAGCAAAUGUGGACCAAGAGACGCUCUACCAAGUGUUCGGAGCAGAAAGCCUGCAGGAUGUUGCAGUCAUCCUCUCUGCACCAGAGGACUAUGUGGAGUCUCUCAGUGAGGAAGCUGAGCGGAUGCUGGCUUGUGUGCAACAGAUUCGAAGAGAAAGAUGGAGGCUUCCGUGGCAAUCAUUUUAUGUGGUGCUACCUGGUACUCCGGAGGAGUCACGCGUUCUUGCAUCACUAGCAGAAGAUCGUGCCGGCGCAGAGUCCGCUUAUGUCGAUUUUCUUUGCCAUGUUCAUAAACUCGUUCAGAACAAGCAGGACUGACAGACAGGUGCUGCCAACAGUGCUCCGCUCAUCCAGCAUUUUCGCAAGUGACCCUUUCAAACCCUCCGAAACCUUGCAAUGUUUACAAGCCGAUGGUCUUUGCACAUGACAAGCAGUUCGCGCCGCUUAUUUAGUGUCAGUAUUGAAGCUUUCUGUGUUUAAUUUGAGACUAGCCAAAAGGUGAGGCGGGAUAGAGCGUAGCUUGGGCGAGAUCCAUGUUUUUUGAAUCUGCCGAAUUUGGGUGCCACAGGGGCAAAAGCGAUCUGCCUCAGACCAAUAGCCUGGAGCUACUGCCAGACUGGUCACAAAGAUGGCAUAGCGCAGCCGAAUUUUUUGGAGACCCUAGUGGCUAUGCACGUGUCACUGCGCAUACCGUCAGUUUCUGCCGGCAAUGAACAUCAUGGAAGCGCUUUUCUGAUUGGCCUUGAUUUGCCA